GAAUAAUAGACAUCUCAUGAGUCUCAUCUCAGUACCUUUACCAUCUCAUCGUACUCACUGUAUCACCUUCAAAUGUCUGGCCUCACAAUGCACUUGCAUUCCAACCAGGCCUCUGGGAUGGCUGUUUCUCAGGCGGCUAUAAAUAAACAACCAAGCCCUUAGCCUUUCUAGCCAAGGCGAUUAUACCGGUGCAGAGGAUCUCCACCUGCAAGCACUCCACCUUAAACUCAGUGCAGUUGGUGAGAAUAAUAUUACUACUGCCAUAACUCGCAAUGCACUCGGAGAACUCUACCUCAAGAUGGGCAAGAUCACAGAUGCUGAAGAGCAGCUCAAGAAGGCUGUUUCUGUCCGCAUGGAGAAUGGUCCUGCAUAUGAUGCGGCAGUCUCUGUCGAGAAUCUUGGUCAGGUGCAUGAAGUGAAGGGUGACCUUGAGGAAGCGAGAAGGGUAAGACUAUCCCAUCCUGCAGAUAUCAUGGUCUGCGGAAACUAUGACUGUCCUGGUGAAACGUUCGACCGGAGCCAGCUUUUGGCUUGUUCUGGAUGCCAGUCCGCCUUCUAUUGUGGAAGAGCCUGCCAGGUGAAGGAUUGGCGUGCUCGCCACAAGACAUUCUGCAAAAAGCGUACGUAAACAACGAAUCACGGAUUAUCCUCCCGAUUUUACAAUUUUGCGUCUUGUGGCAUUUUGAGGAGAUCCAGCCCUCCUCCCGUUUGUAUCGCUUAAUGGCACGGCAUGUAUGUAAUCCCAGUAGUGAAGUCCAUUGGCCCGUCUCCUAUGUCAAGACUUUAAUCAAAGUUGUAACAUGUGGUGCAAUCAU